GCAAAAAGAUGCUGAGGGAUGGGAGACUGUUCAUAGAGGAAGGCCUGUUCGUUCUCGAUCAACAGCAGUGAUGCCGAAAGUUUCCUUAGCAACAGAAGCCUUGAGGUCAAAGGAUGACAGCGAUAAAGAAAAUGUAUGUCUUUUACCUGAUGAAAACAUGCAGAAAGGUGAAUUUGUUGAAGAUGGAAUUUCGAAUACUAUAGAAUCUCAUCCUAAAGACUCAUUACACUCUUGCGACCAUCCACUUGCUGAAAGAACCCAGUUCACAGUGAGUACACUGGAUGAUGUCAAGAAUUCUGGUAGUAGUCAAGAAAAUUCUGUGCGAACUUCUGAAAUACCAGCUGUUCACAUUGAUACAGAGUGUGUUUCAACAACUCAGCAAGCUGACACACCUCCUUUGCAAACAAAUGAUGACAAAUUUCUGGCAGAGAAAGCAAGGAUAGAGAGUGAAAUGGAUCCUUCAGAUAUUUCAAAUUCCAUGGCAGAAGUGCUUGCUAAAAAAGAAGAGCUAGCAGAUCGUCUAGAAAAGGCCAAUGAAGAAGCCAUUGCUAGUGCUAUUGCUGAAGAAGAACAGUUAACUAGAGAAAUUGAAGCUGAAGAAAACAAUGAUAUUAACAUUGAAACUGACGACAGUGAUUUUUCUGCUAGCAUGGGCAGUGGGAGUGUAUCUUUCUGUGGUAUGUCAUUGGAUUGGAACGAUGUCCUUGCAGAUUAUGAAGCUCGUGAAUCUUGGCGCCAAAAUACAUCCUGGGGGGAUAUUGUAGAAGAGGAACCUGCUAGACCUCCAGGGCAUGGAAUUCACAUGCAUGAAAAACUUUCUUCACCAUCUCGUAAAAGAACAAUUGCAGAAUCUAAGAAGAAACAUGAAGAAAAGCAAAUGAAAGCACAGCAACUGAGGGAAAAGUUACGUGAAGAGAAAACAUUAAAGCUCCAGAAAUUGUUAGAAAGGGAGAAGGAUGUCCGGAAGUGGAAGGAAGAAUUGUUAGAUCAACGACGUAGGAUGAUGGAAGAGAAAUUACUUCAUGCGGAAUUUAAACGAGAGGUGCAAUUACAAGCAAUUGUGAAAAAAGCACAGGAGGAAGAAGCUAAGGUAAAUGAAAUUGCCUUUAUAAAUACCCUUGAAGCCCAGAAUAAACGCCAUGAUGUUUUAUCAAAAUUGAAGGAAUAUGAGCAGAGGCUUAAUGAGUUACAGGAAGAACGUCAGAGAAGACAGGAAGAAAAGCAAGCACGUGAUGAAGCUGUGCAGGAACGCAAGAGAGCUCUAGAGGCAGAACGGCAGGCCCGUGUAGAAGAAUUGUUGAUGAAGAGGAAAGAACAAGAAGCCCGAAUUGAACAACAGAGGCAAGAAAAGGAAAAAGCCCGUGAGGAUGCAGCUCGGGAACGAGCUAGAGACAGGGAAGAACGACUGGCAGCACUCACAGCUGCUCAACAAGAAGCUAUGGAAGAGCUACAGAAAAAAAUUCAGCUCAAGCAUGAUGAAAGCAUUCGAAGGCACAUGGAACAGAUUGAACAAAGAAAAGAAAAAGCUGCUGAGUUAAGUAGUGGACGACAUGCAAAUACUGAUUAUGCCCCCAAACUGACCCCUUAUGAAAGAAAGAAGCAGUGUUCUCUCUGCAAUGUCCUGAUCUCCUCAGAAGUGUAUCUUUUUAGCCACAUUAAAGGCAAAAAACACCAGCAAGCUGUGAGAGAGAAUAGCAGCAUCCAAGGGCGUGAACUUUCAGAUGAAGAAGUGGAGCAUCUUUCCUUGAAGAAGUAUAUUGUUGACAUUGUAGUUGAAAGUGCAGCUCCACCAGAGCCUUUGAAAGAUGAAGAGCGGCAAAAAAAUAAAAAAAAAGCCAAAAAGAUAAAAGCCCGGAUGAACUCCAGGGCCAAGGAAUAUGAGAGUUUAAUGCAAACAAAGAAUUCUGGCUGUGACUCACCUUAUAAAGCAAAGCUUCAGCGAUUAGCCAAAGAUCUUCUAAAACAAUUACAAGUACAAGACGGUGGCUCAUGGGGAAACAACAAGGUUUCUGCUUUGGAUCGGACCCUAGGCGAGAUUGCUAGAAUAUUGGAAAAAGAGAAUGUGGCAGAUCAGAUUGCAUUUCAAGUUGCUGGUGGAUUAACAGCCCUUGAACACAUCCUUCAAGUAGUGGUCCCAGCCACAAAUGUGAACACAGUUUCACGAUUUCCUCCUAAGUCUCUCUGCAAUGCAAUCAAUGUUUACAACCUCACCUGCAAUAACUGUUCAGAAAACUGCACCAAUGUUCUGUUUAGUAACAAGAUUACCUUCUUAAUGGACCUCCUGAUACACCAGUUGACGGUUUAUGUUCCAGAUGAAAAUAAUGCUAUUUUGGGAAGAAAUGCAAAUAAACAAGUUUUUGAAAGCUUGACAACUGGACUUCUCAAAGUCAGUGUUGUGGUUUUUGGCUGCCUGAUUGCCAAUCGACCAGAUGGAAACAGCCGGCCAGCUACACCAAAAAUAUCAACACAGGAAAUGAAAAACAAACCCUCACAAGGUGAUGCUUUUAACAGUCGGGUUCAGGACCUUAUCAGCUAUGUGGUGAAUAUAGGUCUGAUUGACAAACUGUGUGGCUGCUUCCUCUCGGUGCAAGGCCCAGUGGAUGAGAAUCCCAAGAUGGCCACAUUUCUGCAGCAUGCCACAGGAUUCUUACAUGGAAUGUGUACACUGUGUUUUGCUGUCACUGGCAGGUCAUACAGCAUAUUUGACAAUAAUCGCCAGGAUCCUACAGGGCUGACAGCUGCUCUUCAGGCCACAGAUCUGGCUGGAGUUCUGCACAUGCUCUACUGUGUCCUCUUCCAUGGCACCAUCUCAGACCCCAGCACUGCCAGUCCCAAGGAGAGUUACAGCCAGAACACAGUACAGGUGGCCAUUCAGAGUCUCCGUUUCUUCAACAGCUUUGCAGCCCUUGAUCUGCCUUCUUUUCAGUCUAUUGUAGGGGCAGAGGGCUUGUCCCUUGCAUUCCGGCACAUGGCCAGCUCCCUGCUGGGCCACUGCAGCCAGGUCUCCUGUGAAAGCCUCCUUCAUGAGGUCAUUGUCUGUGUGGGCUACUUCACUGUCAACCACCCAGAUAACCAGGUAAUCGUGCAGUCCGGCCGCCACCCCACAGUGCUGCAGAAGCUCUGCCAGUUGCCCUUCCAGUAUUUCAGUGACCCACGGCUGAUCAAAGUACUGUUCCCUUCUCUUAUUGCUGCUUGUUACAACAACCAUCAGAACAAGAUCAUUCUGGAGCAAGAGAUGAGCUGCGUUUUACUGGCUACAUUCAUUCAGGAUUUUGCACAGACUCCAGGUCAGUCAGAUAAACAGCCUUAUCAGCCCAAAGGAAAAUGCUUUGGUUCCGAAGACUAUCUUGAGCUGGUUAACAGAUUUCCUCAGCAGGCCUGGGAAGAAGCUCGACAGUUUUUCUUGAAAAAAGAGAAAAAAUAAAUGUUUUGGUUGGUUCUGUAUUUGAGUACCCUUGUUAUAUUAUUGUAAUAUUUUAAAUUGUUCAAACAAAUGUUCUAACUGUUCCUUAAGAAACUCAUUUCCACAUGUUUAUACACUCCCUCUGCACUGUAGAUACGGUACAUACUUUGCACUAUUUAUAAUACUGUAGAUACUUUAAUGUUCUACUUUCUAAUUCUGCAAGUUGAGUUUAUUUCCUUAAUGCACAGUAUUUUGGAGUUUGGUAACUUCCAUCCUACAAUUAUAUAUAAUUUGCAUUUGUAAUAUGGGUGAAAUUAGACAUAAAAUUAGCAAGUCUGUUUUGUUCUUGUAAUAAAAUAACUUAUUCUAUUACAAUGUUGACUUUUCAUGUUAAGGCAAUAUAAAUUUGAAAGAAAAAUGUUAACUCCAACUCCUGAAAUAUCUUAAUUAAAGACUUAAUUAAAGUUUA